CGUUUCCUGAAAAAUAUGCUCCAUGGAACCAGGUGCUUAAAAUCGGAAGGGAAAGCUAUGAAAUUUUUGGAACGAUGCUGAUUGGUUGUUCCCACCAUUCACCUUUGGCUUUUGUCAAAUUCAAGUGAUGUAAAAGAACAGGAUUCAUUCUUCAGUGAUAUUAGUUCAGAAAAGGACAAAGGGAAAGAAUUCAAAGAUAUCAUCAAACCGCAGCAAAAGAGUAUAGGAACAAACAUGUCUUCCAUGCAAGCGACUGCUAUGAACGUCGUGGGCGGUCAAGAAGAUGAAACGGCAGCACAACAGGCGCAGCCACCUGUGCCGAAUCCGGCUCAAUCAAGUGUGCCGAUUGGAAAACAACAGGGUCCGCAACAAGCUACUCAAGGACAAAUGACUAGUACCGGUGCUCCAACAGACUGUACAAAAUUCACGCCCGAUUCAGAAAAAUGUAGAUUCAUACAAGAAUACUUGGUGUUUCUUUUGCACGCUGAUAAAUGUCAACGACGUGAAAACCAAGCAAACGAAAUGGAACGAUGUACUUUAUCACGUUGUAAAACAAUGAAAAAAGUUUUAAAACAUACGACAAACUGUACAAGGGGUAAAAAUGGUUUUGUGUCCUCUUGUAGCAUGUCCAAAUCAAUCAUCAAUCAUUGGAAAUAUUGUAAUAGAAGUGAUUGUCCAAUCUGCAUGCCGAUAAAGAACCAGCAAAGAAUCGGCAAAGAUAAUUUUAUAGUUUAUGACACGUUAGGGAUUCAAUGUUCAACAUCAACACCAGGACUCUUGCUUGGCCAAGGCAUUAGUAGAAUGUCAGCUCCCAGCAUGUCGGAUCCUCCAGGGACACUGAGAAAUGUCCCAGGGAUACAGAGUAAUGCAACUUCAGACGCAAACUGUCGGAACAAUCUGUAGUCAGUGCUGGACAACAAGUAAUCGCUCCAAAUGUAUCUCGUCCUCUAAAUUUUGAUCCUAGCACCUCGGGCGGGGUAAUUGACAAUCAAAUAAACUAGGGUUGCAUUCGGAUUAAGCAUAUAUAGUAUAUAUGAUUGCUUAAAUCUUUCUAUGCCAUUAUGUUUUGAUAUUACAAAAAUAAUGUAUAUUAUUUAAUGUAUAAUACUAAAUAGUUUAAUAAGCAAUUAUUAAAUAAAUUUGACAUAAAAAGACUCAAUUUUAAUCGGUCAAACAAUGAGGGCAGAGUUUUGGUAUAUCUCUUGCUUGUAACCACAUCAAUUUUUUGUAUACAUAUUUGAAUAUGCUGACAGUAUAUUUAUGUAGAUGCAAUACAAAUUAUAUAUACAAUA